AUGGUGGAGACCAGGCGGCGACGGCACGGCGGCGGCGGCUCCACGGCGGCGGCACAAUGGCGGCGGCACGGAAGCGGCGGCGGCUCGGCGGCAGCGACCUGGAGGCGGCCCAAUAGCGAGAGUGUUGACUGUUCUGAUGGUACAUUUGGAGUUGGAUCUGAGGGAACCGAGCGCACUGCUGACUGUGGUGUCGGCAAGGUCGGCUAUCAAAUAGUUAAGUGUAACUCAACAAAACAGUGGGAGGUGAUAGAAGACAAUUGUGUCCUGCAAGUCGUUCAAAAUCUGAAAACUGAAUCUCAGAAUUUAGUGGUUACUAACAUCCCUACAUUUGUGGCGAACCUUAGUGAAAUUACUCAGAAAAAUUCUUCUGUGAUCCAAAACUCAGAAGCGACCAUAUUAACCAUCGUCGACAUUCUUCAGAAUAUUGCCAGCGUCUCUCAAAAUGUUUCAGUUAAUGAAGCCACCAUGCUGGGUUUUCUAAACACAGUGGAUGUUCUUGGAUCAGCAGAGAGCAAAUGGGAGGAACUAAACAAGAACAGUACAACCAAACACACCAGUUCUGAUCUUCUGAAGUCUCUUGAGGAUUUUGGAAGCAGACUCUCAGAUCAGAGCUUUACCACUUCAACAACCUCUACCUAUAUAGAAAGAAAAACCACCAAUAAACCCCUUUUUGAGAACAUCGGUAACAAUUCAGGUACCCACAUAAAUAUACCAAACAUCAAGGAAAAUACUUUUAUCACCAUUAUAGUCUUAUCAGCUUUUGACAAUAUCCUACCUGUUAGAAACCAGACCUGCACAGACUGUAGUCUCAAUGGCACCAGGAUUAAUGGAGAUGUUGUUGUGGUCCAAACUCAGCCAAAAAUUAAUAAUAUCUCCCUUAAAUACACUGUCAAAAACACGACGCUGGGAAACCCUCAGUGUGUCUUCUGGAACUUCAAUCUCUUGAAUAACUCUGGAGGAUGGGACUCGACUGGAUGUAAACUAAUACAGGAUCAGAACGGAGCGGUUACAUGUGAGUGCGAUCACACGACCUCUUUUUCAAUCCUGAUGUCGCCGUUUACUUUAAGUCCGGCUGAUAUCGUCAUUUUGGACUAUAUCACUUACAUCGGUGUCGGUAUUUCAAUGGCCUGCUUGGUUUUGUGCCUCAUCAUUGAGAUCAUCAUCUGGAAAUCAGUAAGAAGAAACGAAACAUCCUACAUGCGCCACGUCUCCAUCGUUAACAUGGCCGGCUCCCUGCUGAUCGCCGAUAUAUGCUUCAUCAUCGGAGCAGCCAUUGUUAAAAACGGAGAGACGACACCAGUACCCUCCUGCACCGCUGUAACCUUCUUCAUGCACUUCUUCUAUCUCGCUCUGUUCUUCUGGAUGUUGCUGUUAGCGCUCCUGCUCCUGUACCGCACCAUCAUGGUCUUCAACCGACUUUCCAAAUCUGCGAUGAUGGCUACAGCGUUCAGUGUUGGGUACGGAGCUCCGUUACUCAUCGCCGUCAUUACUGUGGCAUCUACAGCUGGAGGUGGAGGAUACGUCACGGCAGCGAAUGCUUGCUGGCUGAACUGGGAUAAAAGCAAAGCUCUCCUGGGGUUUGUGCUUCCUGCUCUGACUAUCGUAGCUAUAAACCUCCUGGUGAUGGUCGUGGUUCUGUAUAAGAUCCUGAGGAGAGGAUUAAACGCCAGCGUUCAGCAAGAUGAGAAACACGCCCUGCUGGUCAUCGCUAAAUGUGUAGGAAUCUUAACACCUCUCUUUGGUCUGACAUGGGGAUUCGGUAUCGGGACCAUGGUAACACAGAAGUUUGGACUCCAUGUGGUGUUCGCAUUGCUCAAUUCACUUCAGGGUUUCUUCAUUCUAGUAUUUGGACUGUUGCUGGACAGUAAGGUUAGAGAAGCCUUGGCAGGAAAGUUGGCACUGAGGAAUCUCAGCUCUAUGCCCACCAGGAGCACAGGUCAAGGACCAUCAUCCUCGAGUGGACUUUCUUUAUUUCAGAAGCUACGACAGAGAAACAUGUACAAUGUAUCAGGGGCACAAAAUCUAUCUUCAUCUUCUUCAGCCUUUUCUUCAAACAACUCAUAUUCAGCUUUAAGCUAAAACUUCAGCUAAUAGAUCCUGAACUGGACUUAAACCUAAACCUGGACUUUAACUCCACUCAAACCUCAAAACCUCAGACUUUUAAAUACAUUGAAUUUAAAAUUAUUACUCAAAAAUGA